AUGAAAACAUUUUUUCUUCUCCUGUUCUUUCUUAUUACCUUUGCCUUAAAACCAGAAGGCGUUAAUGGAGUCGAGCGAGUAAUCGGAGCCAUAUCGGAUUGUAACACUCGAGCAGGCAAAGAAGAAAGAGUAGCCAUGUAUAUGGCCAUUCAAGAUUUCAAUAUGCAGCCAAAUCAAACAUUUAUUGUGCUGCGAUUGAAGUGUUCUCAACAUAACAAACCUUCACAGGCAGCUAUUGCAGCCGCGGCCAGCACAUACACACAAAUGAAGGCAGUGGCUAAUAUAAUUCAAUCCUGGGGGUGGCGCCGAGCAAAUGUAAUCUACGAGGACACAGAUUCUGCAGCAAAUGGGAUUAGUCCUUAUCUAUACGGUGCUCUACAAGAAGUUGAUGUCCAAAUAAGCAAUCUUUUAGCCCUCCCUUCUUUUGCUGAUUCCUCUUUGUUGCACAAAGAACUUGGAAAGUUGAAAAAAGAGCAAUGUAGAGUGUUUGUUGUGCAUACUUCUUUAGCACUCGCUACGCGUAUUUUUGGAAAGGCUAACGAAAUGAAGAUGAUGGAGAAUGAAUUUGUAUGGAUCACCACUGAUUCUAUUACAAGUUUGGUGCAUUCCAUGAAUUAUUCAUUAGUUUCCUCUAUGCAAGGUGUGCUAGGAGUGAGGAACUCUUUUCUUGAGACUGGACCUGAUUUCCAUAGUUUCUCCUCAAGAUUUCUUCAAAUAUUCGGCAGGAAUUACCCUGAGGAAAAGCAUCACGAGCCAGGAAUUUUCGCGCUUCAGGCCUAUGAUGCCAUGCGGACAGUGGGAUUAGCAAUUAAUCAAGGCGAUGUCAACAGUGGCCGGAAACUUUUGAAAAGUAUUCUGAAAAUAAAUUUCAACGGAUUAAGUGGGAAAAUCCAGUUUAUGCAGCAAAAAUUAGAGCCUGCGACUCAAUUUCAGAUAAUCAAUAUCAUUGGAAAGGGGUAUAGAGAACUGGGAUUUUGGACUGGUGAAGGAUUCUCCAAUAGUACUGAUGGAGUGUACAGUUCUUCCAUGGAGAGUUUAGGACAUGUUAUUUGGCCUGGAAGUCCAUGGUCUGCUCCAAGAGGAUGGGAUCUUCCAACAACUGAAAAUCCGUUGAGAAUUGGAGUUCCCAAUGGAUCCAUAACAAACAAGUUUGUAGAAGUUGAUUAUGAUCCUUCAACAAAUCAGUACAAUUUUUCGGGUUUUUCUUUGGAUGUGUUCAAUGAAACUGCAAAGCAUUUGAAGUACUCUCUACAAUAUCAAUUCAUUCCUUUUGGAGGAAAAUAUACCGAUUUGGUAAAGAAAGUUCAAUCAAGAGAAUUUGAUGCAGCAGUUGGUGACAUUGCGAUAAUAUCAAAUCGAUGUGAAUACGUAGACUUCACGCAUCCUUAUACCGAGUCAGGACUGGUAAUGGUAGUGCCAAGACUUCUAUCAAAUUCAAGCACAACUUGGCUGUUUGUGAAGCCAUUCACAAAAGCCAUGUGGUUGCUCACAUUAUUCAUUAAUGUCUUUAAUGGAUUCGUCGUAUUAAGUAUUGAGCGAAGUUACCACUCUGAACUAAGAGGACCAGUUCUGAACCAAAUAGGCACUCUACUUUGGUUGGCUUUCGCCACACUGUUCUCAUUACACGGCGAAAAAUUACAUAGCAAUUUAUCACGUAUGACAAUGGUGGUGUGGCUUUUUGUGGCUCUGAUCAUCACACAAAGUUAUACAGCCAGCCUUACCAGCAUGCUCACAGAGCAAAAUCUUGUACCAAAAAUAACAAAUAUUGAGACACUAAAGAGCAAAAACGCGUUGAUUGGCUCCUCGCAGAAAUCCUUUGUCAGGGAAUAUUUGGAGGGUCCUUUAGGCUUUAAAUCAAACAACAUCAGGAAUUUCACAACAGCAGAUGAGCACGAAAAGGCUCUCAGAAGUGGUGCAAUUGCAGCAACCUUUCUUGAAGCUCCCGUGGCUAAACUUUUUGUUGCCAAAUAUUGCAAGAGCUUCACCAUUGCUGGUCCUGCUUACCAAGUUGGAGGAUAUGGAUUUGCAUUUCCGAAGGGAUCCCUUUUACUUCCUGACAUAGACGAAGCAUUACUGAAUGUUCGCGAAAAUGGGGUGCUGAAAGAUUUGGAGGAGAGAUUAAUAGAAUCUGAGCAAUGUGUAGACAUUCAAUCUGACAAUGAAACUGCAAGUCUUAGCCCUCACAACUUUCUUAUACUGUUCAUAUUUACAGGAGGGACAUCAACAACAGCACUUUUAAUCUACUAUUUUCGGGCCACGGACAUAUUCAAGAAUUCCACGGCUCAAUAUGAAGGGAUUUGGUUUACGAUAAUGAUGGUUUUGAACAAGUUGGUAUAUUAUCGAAACAGACUAUCAACAGAAGUAAGAGAUGUUGCUGAUGAAAAUCCCGGGAUUUCUCCAAACAAUUCGCAUUCACGAUCACAAGUCUAG